AUGGCUGCAUGGGAGCUUAGCGUCUCUCAAAUUCUAUGCAUCUAUUCGUUGGUCUUCGUUACAGUAAACGCAUCGGAAUGCUAUUACGACGAAUCGGGGGCUGACUACAGAGGUACCGUAUCCAGCACAGUGAGCGGCAAACGGUGUCAACACUGGACGUGGCUAAUCCCGCAUUUACACGAUCGUACCCCAUGGAAUUAUCCCGAUGCCGGCCUUGGAAUGCACGGUUACUGUCGCAAUCCUGACGGACACCAUAGCGCAUGGUGUUACACUAUGGACCCUGAUACAAGAAGUGAAGUAUGCGAUAUUGGCAAGCCUGGAGAGUUUUGUGACCUUUCAACGCCAAUGCCAGUGGAAAAAGAAGAUUGGCAAGAAGAAGUUGAGGUAACAUUUGACAAACCGGGUCAAUGUCCAAACGUCGAUGGCAUAACAGGAACCUGCACCGAAGAUUGCUUGCUGGACACAGACUGUACUGGAACCGCGAAGUGUUGUUCGAAUGGAUGUGGUCACGUGUGUACUGAAAUAGCCGAACCACCGCCAAGUGUAGGAAGGUGUCCCAGCCCAGAUUCAUUCCAGUUUGCGUUCUGUGCUGAUCUUUGUUCUGACAACGACGAUUGUGAUGGUAGUAGUCUGUGCUGUUACAAUGGGUGCGGUCAUGUUUGCACUCAACCAGUGACCGAAACAGAAAAAGGAGUACAACAAGAAGAAGUACUUGUUGAAAGUGUUGUACUCGCAACGCCAACACAAACGCCAAGGUUAUGUCCCAGCAGUGAUUCGUUUGAUUUCGCCAUUUGUACUGUAUUUUGCUCAGAACAUUCAGACUGCGAUGAAGGUCGACUAUGUUGCUCGAACGGAUGUGGACGUGUUUGUACAGACCCAGUUCCUGAUGUUAAACCAGGAAAUUGUCCCGAGCUUGAAGAUGGCACAGGAGUAUGUUUUGAGGGAUGUGGGAAUGAUUAUGACUGUGAAGGAGACACUAAAUGCUGCUCCAAUGGUUGUGGGCAUAUAUGCAUGACUCCGGUUCCUGAUGUUAAACCAGGAAAUUGUCCUGAGCUAGAAGGUGGACAGGAAUAUGCUUGGAGGGAUGUGGGAAUGAUUAUGACUGUGAAGGAGGCACGAAGUGCUGCUCCAAUUGUUGUGGGCAUACAUGUAUGGCUCCAGCGCCAGAGAAUUCCUGAUGUUAAACCAGGAAAUUGUCCUGAGUUAGAAGGUGGUACAGGAAUAUGCUUAGAGGGAUGCGGGAAUGAUUAUGACUGUGAAGGAGACACUAAAUGCUGCUCCAAUGGUUGUGGGCAUAUAUGCAUGACUCCGGUUCCUUAUGUUAAACCAGGACAUUGUCCCGCGCUUGAAGGUGGUACAGGAAUAUGCUUAGAGGGAUGUGGGAAUGAUUAUGACUGUGAAGGAGACACUAAAUGCUGCUCCAAUGGUUGUGGGCAUAUAUGCAUGACUCCGGUUCCUGAUGUUAAACCAGGAAAAUGUCCUGAGCUAGAAGGUGGUACAGGGAUAUGCUUGGAGGGAUGUGGGAAUGAUUAUGACUGUGAAGGAGGCACGAAGUGCUGCUCCAAUGGUUGUGGGCAUAUAUGCAUGACUCCGGUUCCUGAUGUUAAACCAGGAGAUUGUCCUGAGUUAGAAGGUGGUACAGGAAUAUGCUUAGAGGGAUGUGGGAAUGAUUAUGACUGUGAAGGAGACACUAAAUGCUGCUCCAAUGGUUGUGGGCAUAUAUGCAUGACUCCCGG